AUGUCUCGCUACGACGAUUUUCGCUCGUCAUCCGGCACCCUGGACUCCCGCGAUCGAUAUGACCGAUACUCGCGGGGGCCGCCCGUAAUGGAGCGAGAACGAUCUCGAUCACGACCCCGCCGCAUGGAAGACGAGCGUUUCGAGCUCAGAGUACAAGAAGAGGACCGAUACGGUCCACCCGCUCGUGCCCCUGGUCGCCAUUACGAAGACGAACACCUGGUCUACUCUUCAGGGGCCCUGGUCGCACCUGAUCGUCGCCGUCGCCGAGACGAGAGUCCAUCGUUUGCUCCGCCACGGUUAAUUAGGCGGCAAUCCUCCCUUGAUACAUUUGAUCGCAUUCCUCGACGGAAAAUGGAACCGGCUCCCAGGGCUCCGAGGGUGCCUCAAGCACCUCUUCAUCGCCCCUCGCCGCCGGGUCGCUAUCGCGAGCGCGAAGUUUAUGAAGAUAUCCGCAUCGCGGAGCCAGAUUACUACGGCGACGAAGAGUUCCGAGAGUUUAGGGAGAGAGAUAGUACGCAUCGAAGACGUUCUGCUAGCAUGGCUAGACGGCGGCAUGAGGAGAAGCCCUAUCCGCGGAAAGGCAAGACCCGCAUUCCGCGAAAGUUCGUGCAUGUCCAUGCGAUUUUGGAUCUAGGAUACCCUUACAAGGAAGAGGAGGACACUAUCAUCAUUCAGAAGGCUCUGUCAAAAGAGCAGAUCGAUGAGGUGAUCACCCUCAGUCGACAGUUUAGACGACCCGUGCAAGAGGAGAUUGAAUUUUUGCGUCUUCCACGGCCAGCUGAGCGAGUCACCACGGAACAUCUCCUGCUUGAAUCUCAUCACUCGCCCCGUGCUAGCCACGACGCUUUCAUUGUUGAGCCACCCGCUGCAUACAGAGAUGUUGAAUAUGGGUAUGAGGAGGUGAUCGAGAGACCACGCAGACACACUGUCUCUCGCCCAAGAUCUGUAUCAGUGAAUACCCAGGCUCGAGUAGCAUCUCCCGUCCUAUACGUUGAGCCUCGGUCUAGCCGUGUUGAAGAACGUUUUGAGUCCCGGCCUCGUGAGUCUGGCUCGCUGGUUCUAGUGCGGCCCCGCCACGGCGAUCAUGAUGAUGUAUCCGAUUAUAUCCAUGAUCUCGAGGAAGAAACAAGGAGGCUACGAUUGGAGCGACAAGGUGGUAUUGAAAUCACGCGACAGCGUGAUACAGAUAUCAUUGAUAACAGGGGCAAUGAGGAGGAAAUAACCGAGAUUCGCCGCCAGGAACGCAGAGAGCCAAAUUCAAGGGUGAUGCGGGCUAUGAUGGCUACCUUGACUUAA